AUGCCGAGCAAAAAUUUAGAGAAGCUUGACUUGUUUAAUCAAUCCAGCUUGAUGGGUAAUGGGCAGUUUGAAUACGAUUCUGUAACAACUCCGGAUGAAUUUCCCAUCUUGAAUUCGGUACAAUUUGAUUAUAUGGUCGAAUAUCCGGUAAAUCAAUUAAUUGGUAGCUUCGUUAUAAUACCAGACACCACAUCUUCAGAUGGAUUUUCGUUAUAUUGUAUUCAAUCUAAAGCAGUACAACAAUACUGCAUAAGUGGAGAUUUACUAUUGCCUCCGAAUAUUGAUGCAUGUCCUGAAUAUGUAAGCGCAGAGCGUGUUAUUGAUCGACAGCGGCAAGAAGAUGAGGAUGAUGUCAAGAAAGAGCAAGGCGCCGUUUGUUCGGAGUCGUUUGAUUUUUCCUCAAAUGCUGAGGGCAUUAAUGUUGAAGAAAGUAUUGCCGAAAAAGACACUAACAAAGAAACAUUAGUAGUUGAAAAUUCGUAUUUCGCAGGUGAUGGACCUGAAGUAGUUUCUGUAACUUCUGAGAUCGAUGAAUCUACAUCGACAGGGAAGCAAAAUAUAAUAGAAGGAAAUAUAUCGGAUUUACAAGAUGAAAGUGAAGCGAAAAAUGCGGAAAAUCAAAAAACAACAAAUAUUAAAUUGUCCACGGCUGUUAAUGGUGCUAUAGCCAAAUUGAAAGAGAAAAAGAAAACAAUUGCUGCGACUAGUACUGCAUCAGCGGUUCAAAAUACAGAUAUAUCUUCAGAUUCAGAAAAGACUUCAAGGCGGAAGGAAUCACGUCGAGGAUUAGAAAAGGAAAAGGACAACGAAAAUGUUAUUCAAUCUUCUGAGGUGACUAACAAAUCUGCUGGCAAAAAGUCUGCCGAAGGAGUCUCAAAGAACGGGAAAUCUAAUACAGGCGGUGAAAAAAACAGGAAGGCAACAGAAAUACUUCAAGAUGGUGUGAGUAUUAAAGUAUCCAGCGGAAAAUCUUAUUCAAUAGCAAAACAAACUUCUGGUGACGUAUCUGGUCCGGAAGUACUCUCUACGAUUGGACAGUCUUCAACGACAGCUUCUGUUGCCGGAAUAUCACCAGCUCAGAUGCAGACAAUAUUGAAAGAAAUAAAAAAAAUGGAAGACAACGUUACCAAUAAGAUUGGAAAGAUGUUUUCAAAAGAAUUAGAAAAACAGUUUCAAAAAAUUGAGGAUGAACGCAUAGCUCAUCAAGCAGCAGAAACUUCGCGCCAAGAAGCAAUUCUUAAAAUAGUUUCUCAGACGUUAAGCACCAAUACAGCUAAAUUAUUGGAAUCGACGAUCCGUAACGAAAUUCAAACUUCAGUUUUACCGACAUUAAACAAGAUGGUCACUAAUGCUGUUGACAAGCAUGCACAUAAAGGAAUGGUUGAUGCCGUGAAUAAGAACAUUCCAACUGCUAUUGAAAAGUCUGUAGCAGACAAUGUACAACGUGUUCUUGCAAAAACUACAGUCAUAGAAUCAAUCGCUAAAGGUGUCUCAAAGGCUAUUAGGCCGGUUAUCGAGGAAACAUUCAGGGAAAAUUUUACAACAGUACUCAUUCCGUCCUAUCAAAAAGCUACCAAUGCAAUGUUUGAGCAAAUAACUGCUACUUUUGAGGCCGGUCUGCAAGAUAUUGCUCACAAGAGUGCGCAAGUCUCCUCCUAUUCAAAUAUUGGAAAUGUUGGCGAUCAGAAUGCUUUGGCGCGUUUGCAGGCUUCUUUAGAGCAUCUAAACUUGUCCGUACAACAACUUCAGCAAUUACAUCUACAAGCUAAUCCACAAUCAAAUCUUACGAGGCAUGUGGAACAACCAGUAGCUCGUACAUCUGACGAAUUGCAGCAUCAUUUAGCUCGGUCACUUUCGGGUGAAUUGAAACGUAUUUUAAUUCCGCAUAAUUGUGCUACAACUCAACCGCCCUCUGCAGCUGGUCUGGAAGACACGAAUAAUUCUGCUAUAGACAGAGCAUUGGAAGCUCAGAAUUAUGAAGAUGCAUUUGUAGCGACCGUAUUUCCGCCUACAAGACCUUUACUUUCACAGCCUGUCAUUCUUUCGCUUAUUCACCACCUUUCCUUAGAAUUAAAUAAAUAUACUGAGCUCAAAUUUGCAUGGAUGGAGGAGGCUGUUAUUAAACUUAAUCCAAAGGAUCUUAUAAUUCGAGAGCAUUGUGAAAGGCUCUUACCGAUGGUGAAACAGCGAUUAGAACAAUAUUAUUAUCAAGUUGCAGCUCAAGAUCCACAAAGCCCUAAUCUGAAAAACAUAACCCUUCUAGUUCAUGUUGUUAAUA